GAAAAGGAAGGAUGUUGGUGAAACUGUGGAUUAAAACGCUAGACUAGUGGAGCUGUCACCAAACAGUAGGCUGGCUGUGCCUCUUUACUGUGAGUUGGUGUUUUCUGCUCCUCAACAAGCAGCUAAGACAAAAUCUAAACAGACAAAAACUAAGAUACUUCCACAAAAUGACGCAGUUAGGAGGUAAGAGAGAAAGGAAAACACGACCAAAACUAAUUUGAGCUCAAUCGCAUGAUGUUACGGAGUGAUAAGGCCCGGGAACACCUUCGGCUAUCUCCGAGAGCAGACGUCCAGCAGUUUGGUUUGGUUAAAUUUAGCCCUUUAUCAGCCUGGACGGCGUGAGCGUGCGGUUUGCCCGGGCCUCGUCAGACCAACCAGCAGCAGACCAAACCACAGAGGCAGUGGCAGGAAGGCCAUUGAGGAAAAACGGCACUCUGGGGGUAACCUCAGCUCACCCGCUUGCCCCUAAGGGUUUAUCAGCCUGCCAGACGUCCACCAGACCAGAGGGAAGGAGUAAAAAUAGCAGGAGAGGGGAUGAGGAGGUGAAGACUCUGAGUCAGACUCUGAAGGAGGAUGGGAGGCAGAACCGGAGGCGUCGUCAUGGUUUCGCUGCUCCUCGUGCUGUCAGCUCUGGAGGCGGAAGGCCAGAUCGUGCUGGACGUGUGCGCCAGUUGCCACGCCAACGCCACCUGUGAGGACAAACCGGACGGGUCGGGCAAAGUCUGCAACUGCAAGUACGGCUUCGUCGGAAACGGAAGAACCUUCUGCCAAGACAAAGAUGAGUGCCAGAUAGGAGCAAAUAAGAUCUGUGGGCAGCACACGAUGUGCCACAACACCUACGGCAGCUACUUCUGCACCUGCCUGGCCGGAUACAGCCCAUCAAACAGCAUGCCCGUCUUCAUCCCCAAUGAUGGCACCCACUGCCAGGACAUUGAUGAGUGCAGGGUGACGGGGCUGUGUGGAGAGGGAGCUCAGUGCAGGAAUCUGGAGGGCAGCUUUGACUGCAGCUGCCAGGUAGGAUACCGAGUCCACGGUGGGUCCGAGCCCUUCCACCCCCAGAUGGACAGCGCUUUCUGCAAAGUGGUGGACUGUGGUCAGCCGGCCUCAGUGGAGGACAGCGCACUGCAGUCCAUCUCAGGAACCACAUUCGGUAGCGUGGCCACGUUUGUCUGUGAGGACGGCUUUGUGUGGAGGAGGGGAGAAAACAUGUCUGUGUGCGGGGCCGACGGCCGGUGGAGGGGAGCCACGCUGGUUUGUGAAGAGAUCUCCUGUUCAGACCCUCCUGUCCUGCCUCACGCGGGACAGAUGUGGAACGGCAGCUCCACACCUGGAAGCACCGUCAUUUACUUUUGUGAAGCAGGUUUUUUCCACAGUGGGGGGAAUAAUCUAUCAGUGUGCACUAAUAACGGCAACUGGACAAAGGCAGAUAUUUUAUGCAAAGCGGUUGACUGUGGGGAGCCUUUACCUGAGCCCAACGCGGUCAUGCUGUGGGAUAAAACUUCCACUGUAGGCUCUCAGGUUGCUUAUGAGUGUGCCCGUGGAUAUGUGAAUGUUGGAAAAGGGAACAUAUCUGUUUGUUCUGCCAGAGGAAAAUGGGAAGGAGCCUCUCUUUCCUGCCAAGAGAUCAGUUGUGGGGAGCCUAAUUUUAAACGGCGAGCUAAAAUGUUGUGGAGCGGCAGCUCGCGCGUCGGUAGCGUGGUGCAUUACCGCUGUGAGGAGGGAUGUCACACCCGAGGCCUGAGAAACCACUCCAGAUGUGGAGAAAAUGGCCUGUGGGAGGAUGUUGACCUGUGGUGUGAAGCUAAAUGCGGCCCGGUUCCGUUCCUCCCGAAUGCGGAGGUGGUGUGGCACAACCGGAGCGUGGCGGUGCACCGGUGCGUGGCGGGGUUCCACAGCUGGAGGGGCAGCAACGUGUCCACCUGCCGCGCCUCGGGGGCCUGGCGGAGAGCCUCCCUGACCUGUGUGGAAAUCAAACCGCCCGUAAAUCUCUUGGUCGUCCACGACGGAAACUGUCUGCGGUGGAGAGCGGAGAAGUACGAGGAGGACGAGGAAGUCUACAGGGUGACCUACACCGGGUCCAGAGACUACCAGAUACGCUUUGAGGAUGGAGGGAGGCGCUUCCUGAGCUCCAGGGAGCAGCAGCCGGAGCUCUGCCUCCGCCUGCUCCCUCUGACCAACUACAGCAUCUCCGUCACAGCCACGUCGGUCAGAUUCACCGCCACCGUCACCGCCAACACCAGCUUAGCCGCACCGGCGGCACCAGACGUCUUCUACGAAGAGCAUGAAACUCCAGUUCCAACUCUGCGGCUGCACAGAUCGCCCGACACGCUGGACCCGAUAAGCGUGUACCAAGUCUUUGUGCUUCCAGUGGAGGGGAUUAUGACGUUUGACUGCUCCUCCCCUGCAAGCUUGGCCUCAUCAAGCAAAAUAAAGACAGCGGAGUACAUCACAGCCCAGAUCAAUGUCCGAAAUAUUGGGACAGAGUUUAAUUUCACCGUGGGGGAUGGACUCUUCUAUGGGAGCUUCUAUAAUGCGCUACUGGAGAGCGGCAGAAACUAUUACAUCAUCUUACGAGCUGUAAAUCAGUGGAAAACGGCCUCGAAGAGCUUCUGUGUGCUGUGGGCCAAAGUCUCAGCUACUUCUUACGUCCUGAGGGUCUCCUCGCUGUCUGCUGCUGCCAUGGUGGGAGUGGCUGCCUUGGUUCUUCUGUGGGGAUACAGUUUUGCCUGGUGUGUCAAGAAUGCAUAAACCUCCUGAGGGAUUGAAAUAAAAAUUCAGCUUUACUUUCAUAACUGUACAGUUUGUUAACACUCUAACCAGAAUAAUACUGAAAGAUUACUGUGACAUUUCCGAUACUUGGGUAUAAUGCAGAUCCCAAUUUCAGGCCUUUUUUAGGACAAAACAUUCAAUCCUAUGUUUAAAUUUGAUUUAUGAGGAGCACCGACACCAACAUCUCUCAUCCAGCAGCUCCCAGGUGUUCAAUUCGCCAACUGCCCACAGCAGGAAAACAAUUUGCAGCAGAUUCAAUGAGAAAAUGACUAAAAGUGACAUUAAAUAACUACAUUUACUGUUAAGAAUUAACAGAAAGAGGUACAGUGCAGAAAAAGUUGUUGUUGAACCUCACAGAUCCAGAACAAUCGGUGUAUAAAUAAAAAUGAGGGCGGUUUUAAAGGUAGAACACACACAGAUGGUACAUUUAAACGGGGAGCAGUUUUUCAUGUUUAGUUCCGACUCCCUGAUUUGCCUUUUCAAGGUUCAUUUACCAGCAGCAGUGUUUCAAAAUCAGCUCUUUAAGGAAGGAAAGCCCAAGCAGAGAGCUCAGGGCUGCCCUUCGUAAAGACUCAAGCAACCUCGUUUUGAAUCAGCUGCCUCUCAAAUUCAUCUUUGAAUCAAAGAUAAACUUAUGUCAUUAUAGGUGUUUUUACUCAGGUUAAAGCAGGCUGACUUUUUUUUUUUUUACAGUACACACUCAAGCUGACCUCAGAUUUUGAAACUCUUUUCUUUGCUCGAAAGACAAUUAUCUCUUUUUGGACUUUGUGGAAUUUUGGCCUACAUUAUAAGCGUCCAUAGCACUUUGUGAGGUUUACAAGAUUUUGUGUUAAAGUGCAAAAUUUUGAGAUACUGACCUUCUCUUGGCUCCUUUAGUCUUUUUUGUUGUUUUGUUAUUUGGUAUCUUUAUCUAAAAGUUGAUUUCAACCUGUAAUCUAAUACAACGUCGUUAAUGUUUUGACUUUCCUUUAAUUAGUCCUUUAAACUAUUCCAACAUUUCAGAUCACACAAAAAAAAUCUUCUGGUUUUCAGAGAACCGGGCAUCUGUGGGUUGAAAGUACUCCUUAUAACACAUUUCUUCAGAAAAAAGGAGAAAAUAAGACUUGCAAAAAAAAAAAAAAGUGAGCUCACAGGUUCUGACAUUGUGUACUUCUCAUAGCUCUUUUUUAAAUGAUCAAAACUGAGCUAAUGAUGUUUUGCAAGUGUUCCUGCAAGUGUUAUUUUUGGAUUAUGACAUACUUUGUGUCAGAAAAGACUUUCAAAAAGUUUGUUUCAAUACAUGUUUUAUGUGUGAUUUCAGGGAAAUUUGUCACAUAUUGUGACUUUCAGCCAUUUUAAUUCAUGCACUCCUUAUGUUGACAGA